UGCGGUUUGUAAAACAGGGCAAAGGAGACUGGAUUUCGUUGUUUUUUCGUUGUCGAUGCUUGGGAAUUUGUCGAAAUAUUGUUUUUGGAGUGAUGUGAAUUUUGAGAAACAACCUCAGAUUUUAAAGCGACAUGUUAGUUAAUGUGCGUCGAAUAGCGGCCCGCAGAGGCAGUGUGGCAACAAUAAGGAGUUCACUCUUUUGUGGUUUGUCGUUGAAGUUACGUUCAUUGAGCACGACACCUCGAAGACUCGAGGCAGUACCUGCGACAGCGAUCGUGGCUGGACUUGGCGUCACCCCCUCAACGACGAGCAAUGCAGUUGCUGUUUCCACAUCUACCGCAGCUUCUGCUGUCCCUGCCAAGAUUACUGCUAGUGACUGGGUGUCAGCUAAUUCGCUGUUCGAGUCACCCUAUCUCCGACAUAAUAAUGAGAUUUUUGUAGAGUUCAUCAACCAUGAUGUGGACAUAGAACAACUGAUACAACAGUCAUCGCAUUCGGCCACAGGUGCGGCCACUGAAACAGCGAUACCCAAAAUCAGUGCUGAGGAACUUGAACUUUCAAAGUUGGCUGAAAGCUUGAACUCGGAGAUCCUCGAAGCCACUGGAUCAUUCGCCGAACUUGGUCUCGGCGGAUGGAGUCCCUCGGGCCUCCUGCAGACUUUUCUCUACACUGUUAACUCCUAUGGACUGCCUUGGUGGAUGACAAUUGCGGCAACGACGCUGACUUUCAAGUUGAUUUUAUUUCCUUUGACUAUUCGAAGUCAGAAGUACGCCAUCCGAAUGAACAAUCAUCUGCCAGAGCUGCAAGAGAUUCAGCAGCGUCAGCAAAUAGCUAGGCAGGAAGGCAACAAUCUGGAACUGUGGAAGGCGAGUAAUGAUUAUGCUGUCUUCCUAAAGGAAAAAAAUAUCAACCCGUUAAAAGGCAUGAUCAACAUGGCUGUACAGGGUCCCGUCUUCAUUUCAUUUUUCUUCGCUUUAAAAGGCAUGGCCAACUUGCCCCUGAAUUCUAUGAAAACUGGGGGAAUGUUUUGGUUUACUGACCUCACCGUCCCAGACCCGUUCUACGCGUUGCCAGUAUUGACCAGCCUGACUCUCUUUGCAACCCUGAAGCUAGGUGCAGACAGUGGCGUGCGUCUUGACAACAUGAAAUGGGGUCGAUACGUUCUCGGAGCUAUACCCGUUAUUCUGCUUCCUUUUACAAUGAAUUUCCCGGCGGCCGUCGUCUGCUAUUGGUCAACAUCCAAUCUCUUUACACUUGGCCAGGUAGCCGUCCUGAGGAUUCCUGCUGUCCGUCAGCGGUUGGAUCUUCCGAAACUCGUGCGUCACAAUAGAGAAAAUUUGACUUUUGGGAAAAAAAAUUUCGCUGAUAGUGUCAGAGAGGCGUUUCAGCAGCAAAAACGAACCCGGAUGGUUAGAGAACUCGAACGACAGGACGAAAUCCGCUUUAAACAGGCUGGGAUAGGUCCUAUAGUUAAGACAUACAAAGAUGAUCCGACAAAAGCCAAGGCGGGGAUGGUUGCGCAGGCAAACAAGCGUUAAGACCUCUAACAUUUUCAGGCAACCAUGUAUGUACAUUGUAAUGAUCGCAUAGACAAAUACCCUUGUGACCUGGCUCGUAAGGGUGCAGCUGAGCUAAUAAAACGAAG